CACACAAACGCGAGCGCGCUUUCUCUCUCUCACACAGUCUCUCUCUCUCUCAGUAGUACAGAGAGAAAAAAGUGAUUAAUUUUUUUUCCCUAACAUACUUCAAAAAGAAGAGGGAGGUGUGGGAAAAAGUAGAUUAAAGUCUGCUCGAAUCUUAAGCUGAUCUAACUUCUUGAUUCGGUCUUGGAUUCUGAUCCUGUUGGUGGUCUUUUGGAGCGAAAUGGUGGAGUUUUGGGGCUCUUUUAGGGUUAGGAUUUGGUCGAAGAUUCCUCUGUUGUUGUGAUGCUUGCGGUAAUGGAAAUGGAUUACUUGGCGCCAUCGUGGUUUCUUUUUCUGAUUCUGGUGGCACAUCCGCUGGCUAGGGUUUUGGCCAACAUGGAAGGUGAUGCACUCCAUAGUUUGCAAGCGAACUUAAAAGAUCCUAACAAUGUUCUACAAAGUUGGGAUCCAACUCUUGUCAACCCAUGCACAUGGUUCCAUGUUACAUGCAACAGUGACAAUAGUGUAGUUAGAGUUGAUCUUGGAAAUGCAAACUUAUCUGGACAACUGGUCCCCCAGCUUGGUCAACUGAAAAAUCUGCAGUACCUGGAGCUUUAUAGCAACAACAUUGGCGGGUCGAUUCCAACUGACCUGGGGAAUCUGAAAAAUCUUGUGAGCUUGGAUCUUUACUUAAAUAAUUUUACUGGAGGAAUACCUGACUCGUUGGGGAAUCUAUCGAAACUACGAUUUCUACGGCUUAACAACAACAGCUUGGCAGGCUCGAUUCCGAAAUCUUUAACCAGUAUCAACACUCUCCAAGUUCUAGAUCUAUCAAACAACAAUCUGUCAGGAGAAGUUCCUUCUACUGGCUCUUUUUCAUUAUUUACUCCUAUAAGUUUUGCAAAUAAUCCUCUCCUAUGUGGUCCGGGUACAGCAAAGCCAUGUCCGGGUGCUCCUCCAUUUUCUCCACCACCUCCUUUUAAACCGCCAAUACCUCAGUCACCUCAAGGAAGUAGUGCUCCUAGCACCGGGACAAUUGCUGGGGGAGUUGCUGCAGGUGCUGCUUUGCUGUUUGCUGCACCGGCAAUUGGGUUUGCUUGGUGGCGACGCCGUAAACCCCAAGAAUACUUCUUUGAUGUCCCUGCUGAGGAAGACCCAGAAGUUCAUUUAGGUCAGCUCAAAAGGUUUUCUUUGCGAGAGCUUCAAGUUGCAACUGAUGGCUUUAGCAAUAAGAACAUUUUGGGCAAGGGUGGAUUUGGAAAGGUUUACAAAGGGCGACUAGUAGAUGGUUCCUUGGUAGCAGUAAAAAGGCUAAAAGAAGAGCGCACGGCAGGUGGAGAACUCCAAUUUCAGACAGAAGUUGAAAUGAUUAGCAUGGCUGUGCAUCGGAACCUGUUACGUCUUCGUGGAUUUUGUAUGACACCCACUGAACGGUUGUUAGUCUAUCCUUACAUGGCAAACGGGAGUGUGGCGUCAUGCUUAAGAGAACGCCCACCGGCAGAACUGCCACUGGAAUGGCCUAUCCGUAGGCGAAUUGCAUUGGGAUCUGCACGCGGACUGUCUUAUUUGCAUGACCAUUGUGAUCCAAGGAUUAUUCAUCGCGAUGUCAAAGCUGCAAAUAUCUUAUUGGAUGAGGAGUUUGAGGCAGUGGUUGGAGACUUUGGCUUGGCAAAACUAAUGGACUACAAGGAUACUCAUGUAUAUACUGCUGUCAGAGGAACAAUUGGACACAUUGCUCCAGAGUACUUAUCCACAGGGAAGUCUUCAGAGAAGACAGAUGUUUUUGGGUAUGGAAUCAUGCUUCUGGAGCUCAUUACUGGACAAAGGGCUUUUGAUCUUGGUCGGCUUGCAAAAGAUGAUGAUGUCAUGUUGCUUGAUUGGGUUAAAGGUCUUCUGAAAGAGAGAAAGCUUGAGACUUUGAUUGAUCCUGAACUACAAAGCAAUUAUAUAGAGGCUGAGGUAGAGUCUCUCAUUCAGAUUGCCCUUCUCUGCACUCAAGGCUCACCAAUGGAGCGUCCGAAAAUGUCGGAGGUGGUGAGAAUGCUCGAAGGAGAUGGCCUUGCUGAGAGAUGGGAAGAAUGGCAGAAAGUGGAAGUAGUUCGUCAAGAAGUGGAGAUGGCUCCUCAUUGCAACUCUGAAUGGAUUCUUGAUUCCACUGAUAACCUUCACGCUGUUGAAUUAUCUGGUCCAAGGUGACAGUGUCCAUUCAACAGGGCUGAAGUGGAAGUUUUUACUGUGCAUGUGAAUCUAUCUCUGGCGUUAUAUUGUCUCAGUUUCAUCCACAUAAAUUUGUCCAUGAUAUUCAUCCCUCUACUUUAUAGCAAGUUGUAUCAUUGUCAGUAUCCUCUAAGCAGGAUAUGUAAAAUUGCAUUAUUCAGUGAGAGGGGCUGAAAGUGGUCUGCAAUCUUUACUGCCCUAACCAUUCCUUUGUUAACUCGAGCAUUUCUAAUUGCACGUUGAUUUAGUGAGUUGAUGUAGUAUGAAUGUUUCUGACAUCUGACAAGCUUGUUCAUAACAGGGAAAAAAAGAAGGAAUGUGUUGAUUUUUGUAUGAAUUUGGAAUGGUUGCUUGUUAA